GCGGGAGGAGUUACCAUCGGCGUCGAGACGACGAUGAAGUACCUAGGACUCGUCCUCGACAGUCGGUGGAACUUCAUUGAACACUUCCGACGUUUGGCUCCAAAGUUGGCGAGGACGGGGGCUGCGUUUAAACGCAUCCUCCCCAACCUCGGGGGGCCAAACGCCUCCUGCCGGAGGUUAUACGCCGGGGUCGUGCGGUCCAUGGCCCUCUACGGCGCCCCUGUUUGGGCGCCAAACCUGUUGCGGCGUCCCGCUCGGACGCUGCUCAUGGCACAGAGGGUCAUGGCGAUCCGAAUGAUCCGCGGAUACCGCACGAUCUCUGGGGAGUCGGCGAACCUCCUUGCCGGAUUACCGCCGUGGGAUCUGGAGGCGAAGGUGCUCGCGCGCGUGUACAGCAUGCGCGCGGAGGCACGUCGCCGGGGCGAAACCCCGCUGCCGCGCCAGAUAGGUGCGUGGCGGGAUGAGCUCCGGCGCGAUCUCAUGGCGGAAUGGCAGCAACGACUGUCGCAACCGAGGGCUGGGCUCGCUGCCAUCGCAGCGGUAAGUCCCCUCUUUGAGGAGUGGCUUGAGAGACGCUACGGCGUCCUCACCUACCGCCUGACGCAGGUCCUCACCGGACAUGGAAGUUUCGGGAGGUACCUGUGUCUGAUGGGGCGGGAGGAAACGCCCGGGUGUCAUCACUGCGAGGACCGCCCUGAGGACACGGUGGAACACACGGUGGGAGAAUGCCCUUCGUGGGCUGAGCACCGCCGUGUCCUCAGGGAAGUGAUCGGCGAUGGCGACCUCUCGCGUCCGGGCCUAGUGCAGGCCAUGAUGCGGAGCGAGGGGGAUUGGGAUGCCGUCUCCUCCUUUUGCGAAGCAGUCAUGCUAGCUAAGGAGGAGGCGGGACGCGUGAGGCAGCGAAGCGCUGCCUCCUCGCAA